AUGAGCUUGAAAGAAGUAUUCGAACAACAUCCAUGGAGGUCAUUUAAGAAGUUCAAUGAAGCUGCAAAGAGUUGGGGAUUUACUAACAGAGCUGAAGUGAAAAGGUUCUUUGACAAAAAUGUUGUACAUCAAACAAAAAUAAACCCUUACGACUACUUUUUACCAAUUUACUCCAACACUCCUGACGCAUACCAAUUUGACACUCUCAUUCAAAGCAGAAAAGGAGGACAUAAACCAUUCCUCAUCUUCAUAAAUGUUAACACUCGUAAAGCAUAUGCGUAUAUAAUGAGAAAUAAAGGAACUCAUGAAGUGUUAAGAGUUUUACAAAAGUUUGUAGCAGAACAUAGCCCAAGUAUUUUAACAUCAGACCAAGACGGUGCAUACCUCAGCAACGAAAUCACAGAAUUUCUCAUUAAGCAUAACAUAACUCACUACACUACUGAAGACCAUAACCAUAACAUACUCGGUAUCAUUAACCGCUUCAUAAGGACUCUCAGAGAUUUAAAUCAAGAGCGAGACUUUACCGAAGAAACAAUGAAACAUUUCAUCGAAGUUUACAAUUCCUCAACACAUUCUACAACAGGACAUACACCAAAUUCAAUGACACAACAACAAGAAGAAAA